AUGUAUUCACCAUAUCCAAGGUCCCAAGCAUACAGUGGUGACCAUACCCAGGUUUUAUUUGCCAUAGCCAGGUAUUGCGGCACCUACCCAGAUAUCGUUUACCAUACUGUCUGUACGCAGUUGGAUGCCGCGAAUGCCGCGAUGCCCGGGAUGGCUGCAUGGUACUUUAAGAGUGCUCUCGUCCCCUUGCUGCCACCUGGUCCAGUGAGAAAUGAGAUGUAUUGGAUGUCUAUCAUUUCCCCGCCGAACUUCGCAAAUCAUGGCUCACAUAGUAUUACACCGGAGUUGAGAGAGAGAGACUUGCCAACUUGUCAAGAGACGCAAGGGAAAUUCCGGACAAACGCAAGGAAAAUUCCAGACAAACGCAAGGGAAAGUCCCAACAAACGCAAGGGUCCAAACAAGCUCAAGGGACAGUCCAGACAAACACAAGGGACAGUGCAGAGGAAGUCCUCAACCCUCCUGUGCAACGAGCAUUUUCUGCCAAGGGCGUAAAGCACCCAACCUAUGACCUGGAAUUGGUGCGUACAAACGACCACAAGCCCUUCUUCGUAUUCCAAGAUCUGGUGCAGUACCGCAGCACAGCAUACCCGGGAUCACCGCAGAUAGAUCAGCACUGGAAACCCCUGGCACAACAGCAAGAUUCUCUCCCAAUCAGGCGUAUCCUCCGUGGCCUGCCUCGGUAUGGUGCAAGAUUUGCUCUGGCCGUUUUCCCCGUAACAUCAGAACCACGAUUAUACGCGGUAGUAGUCCUGCACAACCAUGAAGACUUCCCUGCUGCUCAAGUUCAAGUCUAG